AUGGACGGAGAACCGUUCAUAGCAGACGUCAGGGUGAACGGCACAGACUUCGUGCCAUCUCUUGUCGACUAUGGCUGCCUCUGCUACGGCGCGGUUAGCAAGCGCACAUUUCACUCUCUCCAGUUGCCACAUAUACGCGUUCAGCCGCGUAUCUUGGAGAACGCAGCCGGAGACGGCAAGGAGGUCAAAAUCGACAAGAUCACGUAUGUGUCGAUCGACCUCGAUGGACAUCAGCAGCAUCGUGUUUUCAUGUACGUCAUCGACGAUCUGAACUGGGAUAUGAUCCUGGGAAGGAUAUCUCGAGAUCGGGUCCAAUGGAGUUCAACAGAAGCACGCCGUGACAAACGCAAAGGCGGCAUUGGAGUUCACUCGGUCACGAUGGCGGAUAUUGACAAGGCCCUAAGACCGAAACCGAAGACUGACGUAAUGGAGAAGCUGCCACCACAGUACCACAAGUGGUCUCGAGCUUUCUCUCAGCAACUGGCCGACCAGCUGCCCCCUCAUCGGCCAGCCCUACCCUGGGGACCGCUUUACAGCAUGUCCCGCGAGGAGCUAUUGGUACUACGGAAGACUCUCACAGAACUACUCGACAAGGGAUUUAUUAGAGUCAGCAGCUCGCCAGCCGCGGCACCAGUCCUUAUGAGGGACCGCUAUCCCUUGCCCUUACUGAGCGAGACCUUGCGAACGAUAGCCAAGGCAAGGUGGUUCACCAAGACAACUUUCAGAACGCGCUAUGGAUCCUUCGAAUGGCUGGUAGUUCCAUUCGGCCUGACAGGCGCACCAGCAGCCUUUCAGCGGUACAUUAACAGCGCGCUCCAGGAUUACCUAGACGAUUUUGUGUCAGCAUAUAUCGACGAUGUCCUGAUCUUCUCCUCUGGAAGCCUGCAAGACCACCGCGACAAGGUCGGCAAGGUCCUCCAACGACUGAUGGACGCCGGGCUGCAACUGGAUAUCAACAAGAGUGAAUUCGAAGUCAAGGCUGUGAAAUACCUUGGGUUUAUCAUCGAGGCGGAGUGUGGGAUCCGAGUCGACCCUGAGAAGGAUGUUUAUGCCAGAGUUCUCGGUGAUAGCGGAGCGCUAACGCGGCUAACGAAGAAGGACGUGCCAUUCCGUUGGGAUGAAUUGUGCGAAGAAGCCUUCGAGAAGCUCAAGGACCUGUUGAUCACGGCCCCGAUCCUUGCACACUUCCAUCCAGAAAGGAGACUAUCGUGGAAGCAGACGCUUCAGGAUUCGCCCGAAGCGAACUACGCUAUCCAUGACAAGGAGCUACUCGCCAUUCUCAGAUGUUUGGAGCAGUGGGACCAGAGCUACGGGCAGUAG